CUUGAGUGUAAAAGCAUAGCUUAUAUAACCAAUGUAUGGAUUAUAAUGGCAAACGGCCCAUUUAUGUAUUAGUUAUUAAAGACGUCUGAAAUAGCUGAUACCGAGACCGGCCGUUUUUCUAACGUUGAAACAGCCUUAAAUUUGGAGAUUCCUGAAAUGGUAAAAAAUCUACUGGUUAUAAAUGGUUAUGAUCAAGGAUCUGUAAUUUCAAAAAUUGACGGCAACUCUUUCAACGAAAUUGAAAGCUCUGCUAGAAAUGAUUUACCAGAUAUUAUCGAAAAAGAAGACUACCUCGAAGACUACCCUAAAUACUAUGGACCCUACCGAAGACCCUACCAAUCAUCUGAAACUCCUUAAAAUAGUAAGCGGUCAUCAUGAAACAAUUUUAAUGAUGGUAGACUAUUUCAAAAAAGCACACCAGUCUGUGAGCAAUCAGUCCUCGAGCCGAGAAUCGGAAUUUUUGAACAAAAGUCGAGUUCAAACAAUGUCAGAGUCUCGAUCAGAGUUGUCUUCAGUGGAUUCAAGAACACCAGAUUUGAGUGAGAAUGCCCUCAUAUUCAAGAAUUUUAAAAACGUGGGGAAAAAUAAAAGUGAUAAAAACGUAUGGAAACCUAUGGUCCAGUUGAACUUAGUGGAAGUGGCCCUUUCGAAUUAA